AUGGCAGACUCUCCCAAGCAUAGCAUCGCCUACACGGCACCAGUCAAUCCACCCGGGGUCGAACCCAAACUCACCUACGCCUUGAUCUGGGAAGGACUCAAAAUCAAGGUCGGGGCCGGUCAGGUAUUCGUGGGGGGAGCCAUCACCGACACGGUCGUGGUGUCCCAGGAAAAGGACCAACUAGGACAGGAUGUCACGGAACGAGUGGCCACUUUUGCGGACGGAAACGUCAAGACUCGAGAGAGAUGUACUCACUACCCACCUAUCAAGGUCGAGUUCUUGAGAUACGACGGGACCAAAGUGCAGAACAUCAUCAGUGAAGGUGCCCAAGGGGAACUGUACAUGACUUAUGUUUUUGACCUGAUCCACUUUGGGAAAAAUCCCGAAGAGUCCGAGGCCCAAAAGCCCAAGGAUCUGAACAUGGCGAGAGUGGCCGUCGAGACGACUCUCGAGGUCAUGAGGGAGAUGGUCAGGGAUGGGAAGAUCAAGUGA